CAUUCGAAGAAGAUGUUGGCUCUUCCUCUCCUGUGCUGUAAUCAAGAGUAAAAUGCUCACAACUUUUCAAUUGUCUUCUUUUUUUGCUUGACCAUGGUGCUUGCUACGAUCCACCCCUCCGACUCAUGCGGUACCUUGGUCAGCCUGGAUAAUGGCUCCAAGCCGCUCUUGCACGAGAGCGACUUUUGCCAUGGAUGUUCUCCAUCUUCUGUGGUAGCCUACCGCCAGACUGCCUUGAAGCUUGCGAGUGAUGAUAGUGGCUUGGAUCUUUCGUCAGCGAGUAGUAGUAGCAGCAGCAGCAGCAUGGACAACAGCUAUAGCUUUUGCAGCUGUGAACAGCAGCAGCAACCAGAAAAGGUGCUCUUCCUUCCCGCUGCACAGUCGGAUACCCCCGUCGAUGAAUUUCUCCCCUCUGUCCCGGAACUUCGUGACUCCCGCGAUGAACUUCUUGCAGUGGAUCCAGUCCAAUUCCACAAAGCUUCUUCCGAAAAGUUGCUCUAUGUUCAUCAAGGUGAAGUGGCUCAUGCCUUGGCAUCGCAAUGCGAUAUCCUCGUCUCGGAUCGAGCCACCACGUGCCACAUCCUGGCCCUUCGCAGUGUUGGAGACAAGCCUGCCAUGACUUCAUUGACUCACAUUGAUAGUGAUCAGUACGAGACGUGUAUCCGCGCCAUGAUCCAAGAACACAAGCUCCAUCACAGCAGCAAGGAGGCCAUCACGAUGGAGAUCAACAUCGUGGGAGGCUUUGCCGAUGAGGAAGGUCAUUCUCAAAAGAUCUCCAACUGGCUCUUGCACUUGUUGGCGGAUAUUGCCGAGGAAGAGACUGACUCUAUCGAGAUGAGACUCAAGACCUGUGCCAUUUCCUCCAUGAACGAUAGUGGCUUUCAGUGCCCCAUCGGUCGUGGUUUGGCCAUUCACCUCGCCACCGGCCAAGUCUUUCUCGCCAAGGCAUCUUCGGCAGUGGCUGGACCCCACAUGAUCCUUCGCAAUGCCCGUCUUUGGUCGUCGACCGAAGAAGAACAUCCUGCAUCCAAACUGACAGUGAUUCACACUGCCAAGUCCAACGAGAUUGUCAUCGAGCCUUUUGCCUUUGCUGCCAUCCCUGGUAUGGACAGGUUGAUGGCGCUGCCCGAUGACAUUCUCUUGGAGUACACAUCGACUUCACCCUGUGCCGAAGAAGAUGAUUUUUGCCCCACUGUGCGCUCGACACUUCGUUUUCUUUUGGAAGUGCCGCACGCUAACGUUUUUGGUCGCCUUUGCGAUCGCACUCUUCGCUUUGUCAGACGAUGCCACAACUCCAACGAAUGGAUGUUGGUGGCAUAAAGACACAAGAAGAAGAGCGCCCUACUUUUGGAUUCACUCCUUUUGAACCAUUUUCUUUCAAGUUUACCUUUGCAUUUUACAACCUCCUCCUGUCUUGUCAAUUUUACCCCGUCUCAAGUCAGGAGGAAGGCUGUGCUGCUAUUCGGUCCUUUCAGCAGCCAGCCAACCCAUUUUGAUCCUUUUUACGUACUAUCAUACAGCUUUUAAUUCAUUCUACUAGAACCUUAUAACCACU